UCACACGCCGUGGAGAGCUCACCCGAAAACAUUAUUGUAUUUUCAAGAGUACAGUUUAAUAAGCGGCCGAUUUCGAAUUUAUUUGUCAACAAGGAGCACUACCAUCCAAAUCAAACUGGACACUUCCUCUCUAAGUACUGGUCCCGUCAGCGCCUAUUUCCGCAACAGAAUGUCGAUUCAACCUGCGUGUUUUGGGAGCACUUGCCAGUGUGAACACGAUGAUUGGGACUUCAUUGGAAAAGGAAGCUUUAGCAAAGUUCACAAAGCCAAAACCACGGAACGCGGCGAUUAUGUUGGACCUGAGGUUGUUGCUGUGAGAUGUUUCUAUAUACACAAGAAGAGGUUUUUGAAGAAUCCAGAAAACUAUGCCAAGCUGCAGGAGAGUUUUGAAAUGAUGGUCAAGCUGAAACACGAUCACUUGGUGGACUACCAUCAAAUCUCCAUUAUCCCCCCACAUUGUAGUUGCGAUGUGGAGUUAGUCAUGGACUAUUAUCCUGCAGGCAACCUGAAAAUUAAAUUGGAAGGGAUGAAAGACAGCGGAAUCCUUCUGAAUGUUGGAGAUGCCCUCAGUCACGCACAGGACCUGGCUGACGGACUGGCGUUCCUGCACGAGUACGGCAUAACUCACGGCGAUCUGAAGCCAGAAAACGUGCUAAUCGAUGGCUCCAACGCCCAACGCGACAUUCUGCGCAUAUCCGACUGGGAUGGCCUCGUUACACUGCAACGCUGCAGCGUUACAUCGCUUGAUUACGAGCAUUUCCGCAGUAGCGAGCGCUACAUGUCGCCGGAAAUGUUGUGUGCGAUAGGACCAUGGGAAAACCUCACCACGUGGCCCUCAAUGCCCGGCUCGGCCACCGACGUCUGGAGCUUGGGAUGUGUCUUGCUGCAGUUGAUCCGCAGUAUCACGGGCGACUACAGAGAAACACUGCAGCAUCCGGUCAGCGGAAAAGUGCUGGGUGCGGCUGAAGCGAUCAGCGACGUGGCUUUUUCGAAAGCGCAAUCCAGCACGAAAAGUACUGCGGAUCUUAUUUUGCUGAAAUCUUUCGACGAUAGCAUUGUAAGCAGCUCCUGCGCGGUCACUCGCUUGCAGUCCUUUUGCGAAUUCAGUUUCGCCAGCAGCGUUACCCAGCUGUUCCGGGGGAUUCCCGAAAAAGAGUGCUGA